UCUUAUGAUUUUCCAUUGAAAUGUGUUGUUUAAAGUUCCUUAAACGCGUAAAAGUAUAUUUUCAGUAAGGCCAAUCAUCUCACCUCAGUGGCAGAAAUUGAAUAAAGUCGCUUUAUUGCAAAUUUUGGUUAUAAAAGUCACUUUAAAUAACUUUGUCUGGUUAUUUUUUGCAGCGUCGGCAGUAAAACCACGUCAUUCUGUCAAACAACUCCCCCUUUUUCCUCCCUGUUGGACCAACAUCCACAGUUUAGCAACAACUGGGUAAAGAUUUUGGAUCAGAAAUCAUGAUGACCGGAUUUCGGCUCAACUUGUCGCCUCUGAAGGAGCCGCUGGGCUUCGUCAAACUAGUGGAGUGGCUCACAGCCAUAUUUGCUUUUGGAAGCUGUGGCGGAUACUCUGGGAAGAACAUCAUAUCUCUCUUCUGCGGCGAUGGCAGGAAUGAAACUCUCAGUGCCAACUUCCACUACCCAUUUAGGUUAAGCACGGUCCCACUCGUCGAGGGAAACACCACUCUAUGUAACCACACUGUCACAACGACACACAUGGUGGGCGAUUCGGCCUCCUCUGCCGAGUUCUUUGUGGGCAUUGCCAUCGUCUGCUUUCUGUACAGCAUGGUGGCUCUGCUGGUGUAUUUAGGCUACAUGCACGUCUACAAGGACUCUGACUUUGGACCCAUUUUUGACUUUGUGGUCACAGCGAUCCUGGUCUUUCUGUGGCUGGUGUGUUCGUCUGCCUGGGCGAAGGGCCUGCAGAAUGUGAAGUACGCCACGGACACCGAAGGCCUCAGCAACACGCUGGCACUUUGCAAGGGGAGCAACGUCACCUGUGAGGUCACGGAGUACGCCAGCAUGCGGACCCUCAAUAUCUCCGUGGUGUUUGGCUACCUCAACAUGUUUGUGUGGGCAGGAAACGCCUGGUUUGUGUACAAGGAGACCCGCUGGCACUCCAAGAAAUUCUCCUCUCAGCCCGGACCUGGAAGGCAACAGGUCCCUGCACCCAUCUAACAGUAUAACAUACAUACAUGUACACAACACACACACAGCAGACACAAACGGUCACUAUUUGAGCAUCUGCACACUGUAUGCAUGCAUGUACAUGUAUGACUACAUCUGCAAGAAGACAUUAUUACACAUAUGAUAAACAGAGAAAAAAAGAAGGAUAAUUGGUUUUGGAUAUAUAGAUCAUUCUUGGUACAUUUGUAGCACACUUAAACUGAGAACAGUACUAAACGCAUACAUUUCCCAAAAGAUUUCCUCUGAAGGCCUAAGCACCCUGCAGCAGUAAACAGCUGUUGGAAAAGAAAUGUUCAAUGUCAUGUGUAGAUUAGCCUUUGCUAUUUUUUUUUAGUUUUUUACCUGUUUCAUAUCCUAUAGCAACACCAUUGCAAUUAAUAUGUGAAAUCCUUUAAAACGUGCCUUCUUACAAUAAUUCCAAGGUGGUUUCUUAUGCUUUAGUAAGCAGAUGCAUGCACAGAAAGAGACCAGAUGUGUUAGUGCUUUCAACUUUAUAGCAGCAUUAUGACUUCUGAGUCUCAGUAGCAGUGGCCAGAUGGGGGCUGCUGAAAAUCUUGGGGUGGCAAACCAAAAGUAAAAGCCAUAUCUGAAUUUCAGGAAUUCUAUAAUGCUAUUGAAGUAAAGAGGCUAAGUGGAAACAUGUCAAUGUGUCAAUUAUGGAGUCGCAUACUGUUAUACUAUGGUUUUAUGGUUUCUUGUUUUACAGUUACUAAUUAUAUGGUGUUCAUGCCGGUACGGUUUUGCAAUUUGGAGUUCCACAACAAUCCUGUUUUAAUGUGUUAUGCAUCUAUACAUGUAAGGUGAUUUAUUGUUCUUAAUGAAUGCUGGGUGUGUUUUAACCUUAAAAAAGACAAAAAUACAGCUUUAAUUUAAAAGAAAACAUUUACCCAGGUAAAAAGCCAUCUCAAGUUUAGGGAAAACUCGUUGGUACCCAUAGCACCCAUUUUAAUCAAGUAUCUUGAAGUGAGAAUUCAAGGGACCCCUUUAAAAAAAUGGCCAUGCCAGUUGCUCCGUUGCCAGAAUUCAUCCUAAUUUUCAAGCAUUAUUUAGCCCCUUCCUGACAAGCUUUGCCAACAUGGUAUAUAUCAAUGGAUUUCUUUGGUUGUCAAGUUUCACAAGAUACCACUACACCAGUGGUAGCUUAAAAAAUGAGAACACUACAGCCUCUUAAAGACCCUCUAGUCUUCCCUUUGAAGUGCCACUGCUUGGACUUCUUUGGUCCAGUUUUAGGACAAUGGCUGAAUUCAUUAUGCUUGUUAAUAUACUGAUGAAUGUAAGGUACUUUGAAAUCAUCCACAAGAUUUCUUUCUUUCUUUUUUCUUUUUCUUUUUCUUUUUCUUUCUUUCUUUCUUUUUUUUUUUUUUUUUGAACAUUUGCCGAAAUAUGGAUAAUGUGAUAAAGGUUUUCAGGGUAAUAGAUAGGGUGGUAGCGCACUAUGAAGCAUAAUACUCUGUACAAUAUUACCAAAUCAGAGAAUGAUAUUGAUUGUAAGUUAUUGAUAUUGGCCUUGAACGUGAGCCAUUUCAUAAUUUCUUCCGCUUUUUUUUUUUUAGAUUCAAUGCACCUUGUGUGUUGAGAAAAUUAGUCGUUCAUUCAUUCAUUCAUUCAUUCAUUCAUUCAUUUUCUGUCUCACGGUUAGCCCAUUUGCCCUCUAGUGAUGGAUAGCAGGUACUGCAAUAUCUCAACAAAUAAACUAGGAUUACAAAUUCUCAAAACUGAAGUGCACUGAGGAGGUCGAUGCAUAUAAAAGUCGUUAACUUUCAGUGAUUUUCCUCACUAAGGUAAAUCUGUGCAGACAAGGAGACCAGCUAGAUAUAUUAAACUUUCAGACUUAGACUGUAUAAAACAGCCUCCAACCAAGUAUCAUAAAGGCAAUUUUACAUUUAGUGUAUGAUGUACUUAUCACAGCAUUCGCAGCGCUCUCAUGUGGUGCUUAACAUGCUUUUAUGAUGUCCUUUAAAGUGCCUUGAGAGUGUAAAUCCAUAAAGAAAACUUCAAUUAACAUUAGCUGUUUAAUUAGUUUCGGAGAAUGCUGCUGUGAGUGCAGUCCAGAUGCUUUGAUUUAUGUAGUCUCAACUAAGGUACCAGAUGAAAGUUAAAUGCUUCCCUCAUAGUAGAAAAAAAAAUAUCAUUUUGAAUGUAGUUGCCAUUUUUUCAUUUUCAUUCAUCACAUUUUUGUGUCACUCUGCCAAAGCACUAUUUUUCCUCCUUGUUGGAGCUUAUUUCAUAUCUCCGUGUGGCAAAUCAAGUAUUUUAUUGUUGUUGAAAACAGUCUGACUUGUUUUUUGAUUGUUUGGUUAAAAAAAAAAAAGAAAAAUCCUUCCUGAAGCACAAACCAGUGAGCUAGUGUUUUGUUUUAUAAACUGUCACGUUUUUGUCUUAUUUUUCAUUUUCAGCAUUUAGGUGAUUAUUGAAAGAAUUUCUGAUUUUAUUUUUCUUUUAUACCUUUUGAUAUGGUAAAAUUGAAAGUGGGAUGAUGUAACUUUGUCACUCUGCAAAGGUAAAGGUAUACUAUGCAGGAUUGCCAGUCACUGUUUGUGAACAUGCUUGCCCAGAUUCACUCUCGUUUGGUGCUCUUUGUCCCUGUUUCUCUGUUUUUCGGCAUUGUGUCUAUUGGAUAUCUGCUGGUUACAGUCUGGCACAUGGUUGCUACCUUUUUUAUAAAGCCACAAUCUCAACUGAGCACUUUGGGGGUACACGCCCAUAAAAGAUCCAAACACAGAAGAAGAAAAAUACAGGUCACACACUUCUAGUGGGUCAUAAAUGAGGAUUGAGACUUCUCUCUGAGUCUAUACAUUGUUUUUUUUUAAAGAAAAUCCUGCAUAGUAUAUCCUUAAAUGAAUGCAUGUGUGGUAUACUGGUUAUGCCUCUGCAGCACUCUUGUAAUCAUCAUCCAACAAGCUAUAGCUUUGUCAAUGAUUUCUAUGCAUUUAACCUGCCGAAGUGUCUUAUUCAAGAGAGGCAUUCACUCUGUGACAUGCACAAUGUCAAUGUACCUUUGUUUUUUCAAUAAAAAUUAAUGAUUUUGUUUUCAUUAA